AUGCCUAAAAGAUCGAGAGAGGGAAGCUCCCGACCAGCUCAUGACAAGGAUGAAGAAAUCACAGAUCCAUCAUCUAAUGAAGAGAGCGGUAACGAGGGGGAAAACUCCAUUAUAGAUCAUGAAGAAGAGGUUGAAUCCGAUGAAGAGUUUGAAGGUGAGAAUUCUGCUGAUAAAAGAAGGCGGCUGGCUAGACAAUAUCUAGACAAUCUUAAAACGGAUGCCAAAAGUAUUGCUACCGGUCUCUCUGAUUCUGCAGCGCUCGAGAAAGAACAACGUGAACUAGACGAUUACAACAAUUUUGAUGCGGCAGAUUUAGACAAGGAUAUCAUUGCAACAAGGCUUAAGCAAGACGUCGCCGAACAGCAAGGUCGUAUUUAUCGGUUGAUUGGUGAUAAAUUACUUGUAACCGAAGCUAACGUUACAUUUACUAGAGUCGGAGAAAAGUGUUUAACCGGUCUGAGCUGUUAUCAACCUGAUGUGAAUAAAUUCCAUGCUGAGGAGGGGUUCGGGAGAGCAAAAAACAGAGGUAAAAUAUUCGCGUAUACGGUGAGUGGAGACUUGCAAUUAACUAAAUACGAUGUGACUGACUUUUCCAAAAGACCGAAAAAGAUGAAGCAUGUUAGAGGUGGAUCCAAGUACACUCCAAAAUCUACUCAUGAGUUUGAAAAUACCACCGAAGGGCACUACAAAGAAAUAUUAACAGUUGCAGCCUCACCGGAUGGAAAGUAUGUUGUGACAGGCGGUAGAGACCGGAAGCUGAUUGUGUGGAGCACUGAAUCGUUGGCUCCUGUCAAAGUCAUCCCCACAAAAGAUCGUAGAGGUGAAAUUCUCUCUCUGGCAUUUAGAAACAACUCGGAUCAGUUGUAUGCAUCUUGUGCUGAUUACAAGAUCAGAACAUACUCGAUAAAUCAGUUUGCUCAAUUGGAAAUUCUUUAUGGUCAUUACGAUUCUGUUGUAGAUAUUUCUGCACUGGCCAUGGAAAGAUGUGUCAGUGUAGGGGCUCGUGACAAAACGGCCAUGUUAUGGAAGAUUCCAGAUGAAACUAGACUUACUUUCAGAGGUGGUGAUAAUCCCGAGAAACUACUAAAGAAAUGGAUGAAAACCAAUGCAGUAGAAAAGGAAGAUGGUGAGAUUGAAUACCCAGAUGAAAGCCAAGCGCCUGUAUUUUUCUGUGAGGGGAGCAUCGAUGUUGUCAGUAUGGUUGAUGAUUCACAUUUUGUCACCGGAUCCGAUAACGGAAAUAUACACCUGUGGUCCACGGGUAAAAAAAAGCCUAUCUUCACGGAGAGAGCUGGUCAUGGUUAUCAAGAUGCUCCCAGUGAAUCUUCAAUAUCCGGGGAAGUAGACGAAAUAGUUAGAAGAACCCAAGUGCAAGAUAAUAAGAUCGCUCACCCAUUUUGGAUCACCUCGAUUUACGCAGUACCGUACAGUAACAUAUUCAUUUCAGGUUCUUGGAAUGGUAUUUUGAAAGUUUGGAAGAUCUCAGAGAACUUAAGGGAAUUUUCGUUAUUGGGAGAGUUGCCCAACUGUAAAGGUGUGGUGAACAGGAUUCAGGUCGUUGAAUCUGGUAAACCCGGUAAAGAGACUUUCAGGGUCUUGGCAAGCGUGAGUAAAGAGCACAGAUUAGGAAGAUGGAUAAAUCAUACUCCUGGAGGAAGAAACGGUAUUUAUUCGGCUGUGAUUGAGCAAACCACUUUUUGA